UUCCGUGUUUUUACAUUUUGUUUGCUUUUCCUUGUUAAAUAUAUCUUACAGGAAUUUGUUUAUUUUCUAAAUAAGUUAAAACAGGAAAAAGUAGAAACGUUGAAACGUCAGCGUCGAAAUUUGUUGUUGUAUGCACCGAAACGGGCAAAUACAAAGUGGUGUAAUAAAAAAAUUGAGACAACGAUUUUAUACAAGUGUCACAAUUUUGCACAAAUCGAAGAUGAAUAUAAUAUUCGUUGGAUCUUUCAUUUUUAAUAUUCUAUUCAAAAUAUUAAAUUUUAUUAUGAAAAAGUUUAAUCGUGAAAAACCACAACGAAUUCCACCAAACAAUAAUGACUUGUUUGAAUUGUCAGCAAGUGUAUUGGCUAAAAAAAUCAGAUUGAGAGAAAUUACAAGCCAAGAAGUAGUUAAAGCAUACAUCGAACGCAUAAAACAAGUGAAUCCUAUUAUAAAUGCGGUUGUCGAGGAUAGAUUCGAAGAAGCCUUGGAAGAAGCAAAAAUUUGCGAUAAAAAAAUCAAAGAUGGGGAAAUUACCAGCUCCGAAAUGGAAAAACAAAAACCGCUUUAUGGUGUACCUUUUACGGUUAAAGAAUCGUGUAUGCUCAAAGGAUUGAGUUACACAGGAGGUUCUUAUGCUCGGAAAGGAAUAAAAGCAUUGGAUAACGGAGAAGCAGUAGAAUUAAUGAGAAAUGCUGGCGGUAUACCUUUAUGCGUUACCAAUAUUCCAGAAUUAUGUUCGGGAUUUGAUUCGUACAAUCUUUUGUUUGGAAAAACUUACAAUCCAUAUAAUACUAGAUGUACAGCUGGUGGUUCGUCUGGAGGAGAAGGAGCACUAAUAGGUUCAGGAUGUUCUUUGAUAGGAAUCGGAUCAGAUUUAGCAGGAUCGAUAAGAAUACCAGCCCUAUUUAAUGGCAUCUUCGGGCAUAAACCUUCGGCAGGAAUUGUCCCGUACAAAGAUCAUUUACCAUUCAUGGAUGAUGAAACAUUUAAACAAUAUCUUGUAAUUGGACCUCUUGCAAGAUAUGCUGAAGAUUUACAUUUAGCUAUGAAAGUAUUGUCUGUUAAAUACAAUCGAGAUUUACAUUUGGAUGAUCCAGUUGAUUUAAAGAAAUUGAAUGUAUAUUAUUUGGAAGAUAUUGGACAUAAAAUUGGUUUAAUUGAAACUCAAGAAGAAAUACAAACUUGUAUUAGAGAAGCAGUUAAACAUUUCAAAUAUUGCGGUUCAAAAGUUGAGGAAUAUCCAGGAUCUUUAACUAACAUUUUCGAUGCGGUUACGAGACAAUUGUUAUUGAUAAAGAUACCACUCCUAUUGGAUCCAAAUGAUUUCAAGAAUGAACAAUCGGUGAUAUAUGAAUUACUAAAAACAGUGUUAGGUUGUUCGCAACAUACGUUUGGAGUGGUCUUUGCUAAAAUUAUUAUGAAUAUUAGUACUUAUAAAGAAUCUAUAAAACAGGAGUUAAAAAUCCAGUUUCAAUACUUAACGAAUUUGUUAGGUGACAAUGGUGUAAUCAUUUUACCCACAUUUCCAUUAACAGCACCUACAGGCAAAUUAAUACAGUUACUUAUGGUAAAUGGAAUCAGUUGUACUCUAUCGAAUUGUUUUGGUUUUCCAGCAACUAAUGUCCCCAUGGGUUUUGAUAAAAAUGGUUUACCAAUUGGUUUUCAGGUAAUCGCUGCUCCUUAUCAAGAUCGUUUAUGUUUAGCACUAGCCAAAGAAUUGGAAAAAUCAUUUGGUGGUUGGGUCCCACCUUAUCGGUCUUAAAAUAUUUAUAUGAUAUUUAUGUAUAUUUAUAUAUAUAUAUAUAAUCAAACCU